AUGGAGAUCGAAUGUAGAUUCCGAUACACAACAUUCAGUGACGAUAAAAGUUAUUACAGUUGUGUAAUAAAAAAUCAAGUAAUUCCAGAUAAUUGUGAAUUAAUAUUAACAGGACAACAUAAGUACGGCAAAACAAACAAGGACGUGAUUUAUGUUGAAUUUGGACGAUGCACAAUCACAAAAGUUCCACAAGGACUCACAAGAAUCUUUCCAAAUAUGACAAUGUUGUGGUUUUGUGGCGGACAAAUAAAGAAACUGGGUAAGGAUGACUUUGUUGAGUACAGGAACUUGGAGCGAUUUCAUUGCUCAAAGAAUGAAGUUGAAUUCCUGCCUGGCGACCUUUUUGAGGACACAAGAAAUUUAGAUUGGAUUUGCAUUGAAGAAAACAAGCUGAAAGUUGUGGAACCAAACAUUCUUGAAGGACUUGACAAGCUGAUUUACGUGUCUGUUCAAAAUUUACCAGAGUUUAGUGAGUGCUUUACAGUUGAGGAUCCACAAGGUUUAAGUCUAGCAGGAUUAAAAAGAAAUCUGAUGCAAAAAUACGUCAAUUAUUCGAGAAGCUUAAAGAACUCUGAGGAGGAAUUAAGGAAUGAAGUUCAGCAGUUGAAAGAUGCAAAAGCAGAUCUUGAGCAACAAAAUGCUUCAAUUAAGGAUAUUAAUGCUAACCUUCAAUCAGAGUUGGAACAAGAAAAGCUCAAAAACUCUCAAUUGCUUGUUGUGCCUCAAAAUAAAUUCCUAGAUGACCUCAAAGCCUUCAUCCAAGACGAGACCACAAAAGACUUCAAGAUCAUCAUUGAAGAUCAAGAAUUCCCAGUCCACAAAUUCUUGCUCACAGCUCGAAGUCCAACUCUGGCUGAAUUAUUCAAAGCCAAUCCAGCAAUUGAAAAUCUUAAUCUUGUUGACAUUUCGGUGGAAAUUUUUGAGAAAAUUCUUAAAUUUCUCUACACUGAUGAACUUCCAGGCGACGAUGGGACGAACUUUUUGCUCUUUUUUGCUGCUGCUGGGAAGUUGAAGAUCCAGGAACUUAAGGAAUUAUCAGCAACUAAACUAAUUGAUCGAUUUAAGAAGAAUAAUGUUCUUGAGAUUCUUAAACUAAGCAACAAAUAUGAACAUGAAGAGCUUAGAAAGGAAGCGUUUAAUAAGCUUAAAGUUUAUUAUCAAAAUUACAAGUUUAAGGACGAAUGGAUAGCAAGACCUGAAGUUGUUGAGAAGGCUAUUGAACAAUACAAGAAAGCAGAAGAUGAAAUUCGCAAAUUGGAAAAUGAUUUUGUAAAUGUUAAUAUUGAAAACUAA